AAAGGCCACUCACCCGGAGCCAGAAGCUCUGUAUCAGCUCCCACAGUCCUGCUGAUCUCAAGCACCUGCCUCCACAGUUGGUACAAAUGGCAUUGUCCCAGGCCACUCCUUUCUCAGCCACAGAGCUUCUCCUGGCCUCUGCCACCUUCUGCCUGGUAUUCUGGGUGGUCAAGGCCUGGCAGCCUCGGGUCCCUAAAGGCCUGAAGAGUCCACCAGGGCCCUGGAGCUGGCCCCUGAUCGGGCAUGUGCUGACCUUGGGGAAGAGCCCACACUUGGCCCUGUCGCGGCUGAGCCAGCGCUAUGGAGACGUGCUGCAGAUCCGCAUUGGCUGCACACCCGUGCUGGUGCUCAGCGGCCUGGACACCAUCCGGCAGGCCCUGGUGCGGCAGGGCGAUGAUUUCAAGGGCCGGCCUGACCUCUACAGCUUCACCUUAGUCGCUGAUGGCCAGAGUAUGACCUUCAACCCAGACUCUGGACCAGUGUGGGCUGCCCAGCGACGCCUGGCCCAGAAUGCUCUCAACUCCUUCUCCGUUGCCUCAGACCCGGCUUCCUCAUCCUCCUGCUACCUGGAGAUGCAUGUGAGCAAGGAGGCUGAGGCCCUCAUCGGCAAGUUCCAGGAGCUGAUGGCAGGGUCUGGGCGCUUUGACCCCUAUGACCACGUGGUGGUGUCAGUGGCCAAGGUCAUUGGUGCCAUGUGCUUCGGGCAGCACUUCCCCCAGAGCAGUGGGGAGAUGGUCAGCCUUGUGAGGAACACCCAUGAUUUCGUGGAGACUGCCUCCUCCGGGAGCCCUGUGGACUUCUUCCCCAUCCUUAAAUACCUGCCCAACCCUGCUCUGCAAAAGUACAAGAGCUUCAACCGGAGGUUCCUGCAGUUCCUGUGGAAAAUGGUCCAGGAGCACCAUCAGGACUUUGACAAGAACAGAGUCCAGGACAUCGUAGGUGCCCUGUUCAAGCACUACGAGGAUAACUCCAGAGCUAGUGGGGGCCUCAUGCCCCAGAAGAAGACUGUCAACCUUGUCAACGACAUCUUCGCAGCCGGGUUUGAUCCAAUCACAACAGCCAUCUCCUGGAGCCUUCUGUACCUUGUGACAAAUCCUGAGAUACAGAGGAAGAUCCAGCAGGAGCUGGACACAGUGAUUGGCAGGGCGCGUCGGCCCCGGCUCUCCGACAGAUCCCAGCUGCCUUAUUUGGAGGCCUUCAUCCUGGAGACCUUCCGACACUCCUCCUUCAUCCCCUUCACCAUCCCCCACAGCACAAUAAGGGACACAACACUGAAUGGCUUCUACAUCCCCAAGGAACUCUGUGUCUUCAUAAACCAGUGGCAGGUCAAUCAUGACCCGAAGCUGUGGGGGGACCCAUCUGAGUUCCGGCCGGAGAGAUUCCUCACUGCCCACGACACCACCAUCAGCAAGACCUUGAGUGAGAAAGUGAUGCUCUUUGGCAUGGGCAAGCGCCGGUGCAUAGGGGAGGUCCUGGCCAAGUGGGAGAUCUUCCUCUUCCUGGCCAUCUUGCUGCAGCAGCUGGAGUUCAGCGUGCCACCAGGUGUGAAAGUGGACCUAACCCCUACCUACGGGCUGACCAUGAAGCCUGCCCCCUGCGAGCAUGUCCAGGCACGGCUGCGCUUCCCCAUCAAGUGAAGAAGUUCCCAGCAUUCUGAGGCAGAGGGAAGGGUGGAGGUCACUGAGGAAUCUUUGUUUCUUUUCUUUUCUUUUUUUUUUUAACUAACAGCUUUAUAGAGAUAUAAUUCAUAUACCAUAUAAUUCACCUCCUUAAAGUAUACAAUCCAAUGGCUUUUAGUAUAUCACAGAGUUGUGCUGUCACACCACAAUCAAUCUUACAACCUUCUCAUCACCCAGUAAAGAAACACAUACCCCUCAGCAGUCACUCCCCAUCUCCCCCUAACCCACCUUCCCUACCCCACUAGCGCUAGAAAACUACUAAUCUACUUUCUGUGUGUACAAAUUUGCCUACUCUGGGCAUUUCAUAUAAAUGCAAUUAUACAGUAAA